AUGGUUAAGGAGAUUUCUACAACAGACAUCUUCUGCGGUGGCGAGAGCUACACUGGAGUUCAAGCUGUCGAGAGAAACUCAAAGGCAAUGGCAAGGAUAUACGAUGCAAUAAAAACAAGUUUUGGACCAUUGGGUCUUGACAAGAUGUGUGUCAACUCUGCAGGAGAGGUCAGCAUCACAAACGAUGGCGCAACAAUUCUUCAGAGCAUGCUGGUGGACGAUCCAGCAGCAAAGAUCCUUGUUGAUCUUGCAACGCAGCAAGACAAUGAGGUUGGGGAUGGAACAACAUCUGUUGUUCUGAUGGCUGCAAGUCUUAUUGAGAAAGGAGCAAAACUGAUUUCAUCAGGUGUGCAUCCAUCUGUUGUUGUAUCUGGAUACAAGAUGGCAUUCAACGAGUGCAUUCAAUUUAUCAAGAAAAGCAUAGCUAAGGAUAUUUCCACACUAGGUGCAAAGGCAUUAGGUAAUAUUGUAAACACAAGUAUAUCAAGUAAGGUUAUUGGAUCUGAAUCUGCAUUAUUUUGUGAGAUUGUUGUAGAUGCAUUGAAAUGCAUUGAACCGUCUGAAGGAGGCAAGAAGGUUGUGUAUCCUAUCGAGGACAUCAAUAUUCUCAAGCAUCCUGGAGGAGCAAUGGCUGAAUCGUUUUUAGUGCAAGGUUAUGCCAUGAACUGUGCAUUGGCAUCUGGAUUCAUGAAGAAAGUUGUUAAGAAGCCAAAGAUCUUAUGUAUUGACUUUGGGCUGCAGAAAUACAAAAACCCACUGACUGUAAAUAUUGUAGUUGACGAUCCGUCGAAGUUAGAAGAUAUCAGGAAGAAGGAGCUUGAAAUAACUGCGAACCAAAUCAAGUCUAUUGUGGCGUCUGGAGCAACGGUAGUUUUAACAACAAGAGGAAUGGACGACUUUUGCACAAAGCUUCUGCUUGAUGCAGGAAUAGUUGGGAUCCGAAGAUGCAAAAAAGAAGACCUGGAUGUGAUUGCCCGAGCAAGCGGAACAUCGGUUCUAAUCUCGAUGACAGAUCUCAAUGGUGUUGAAAGUGUGCCUACAUUAGGAAGUGCAAACAAAUUUGAGGUUGUAUCGAUUGGAGAGGAAGAAUGUGUGUUUAUUGAAGGGCUUAAGAAGAAGAUGGCAUCUAUAAUCUUGAGGGGAGCAAACUACCAAUUACUUGAUGAGAUGCAAAGGUCUAUUCAUGAUGCCAUAUGUGCAUUGAAGAGAACAUUGGAGUCGAAGUCUAUUGUUCCUGGAGGAGGGGCUGUGGAGUGUGCGUUGUCUUUAAUGCUGGAGAAGUUUUCAUUUACAGUGAAUUCCAAGGAGCAUGUUGCAAUCCACAGAUAUGCAGAGUCAUUAAUUUCGAUACCAAGAAUACUUGCAUCAAAUGCAGGCCUGGAUCCAAACGAGAUUGUUGCUAAGCUUCUAGCUAUGCAAGGCACAGACGCCAGCGAUAAAUCAGGCAAUAGCAUGUUUGGUGUUGAUGCAGUGACCGGAGAAAUCCAGAACAAUGUGGAAGCCGGAAUCAUUGAGCCAAGCAUGAUUAAGAUGAAAUCUCUUAGAGCAGCAACAGAAGCAUCCAUUAGUAUCCUUAGGAUCAACGAAGUGAUAAUGCUGCCUCCAGAAGAGCCCAGAAAUUAA